AUGCUUCAACAGUUUCUGCAAGAUGAAGAGGCAGCCAGGAUAGCUUCUCUGAGGGAGGAAGAGGAGCAGAAGAGUCAGAUGAUGAAGAAGAAGAAGAAGAAGAUUGAGGAGAUGAAUAAAGAGAUAUCAUCCCUUUCAGACACAAUCAGAGCUGCAGAGGAGGAGCAGGGAGCUGAAGACAUCACAUUUCUACAGAACUACAAGGCCACCGUUGGUAGAGCCAAGUGCACACUGCCGGAUCCAGAAAGGUUCUCAAGAGCGCUGAUAGACGUGGCCAAACACCUGGGCGACCUGAAGUUCGGAGUCUGGGAGAAGAUGCAGGAGAUGGUUCAGUACAGUCCUUUCAUUCUGGACCCCAACACCGCAUCCCCAGAUCUCAUCCUGUCUGAUGAUCUGACCAGUGUGAGAGCCAGUAAGACACAACAGCUUCCUGACAACCCAGAGAGGUUUGAUCACUUUAAUUUCGUUCUGGGAUCAGAAGGCUUUAACUCAGGGACACAUAGCUGGGACGUUAAGGUUGGAGACAGUGGAUACUGGAUUGUAGGAUUUAUCUCAGAGUCUGUCUCCGGGAAGAACGGUGCUUUCUAUAAUAGAAUAUGGGCAAUACAGUAUUGUAAUGGUGAAUACAAAGCACGACCGUCAAGCACUCUCCUCUCAGUGACACAGAAAGCCAAGAGGAUCAGAGUGCAGCUGGACUGGGACAGAGAAAGGCUGUCAUUCUCUGACUCCGAUAACAACAUACACAUACACAUACUUUCACUAAAGGGAGUAUCUCCAUUCUUUUACAAUGUUGAUACUUCAGCUAAUAUGAAGAUCUUACCAAUUAAAGUAUCUGUAACAGUGGAACAGCAC